AUGGUCGCCGUGGAACGCGGAGAGCUCGGCGACGCCGCGCCUCCGUCGCUGCAGCGCCUGUGCCUGCGGGCUGCCGUCAGCAGCGCCACGUGGCAGCGCCAGCCGCGGUCGAUGGAGCGCCUGCCGUCCCCGCUGGCGUCGGCGCUGCUGGCGGAGCUGCUCGCCGCGGGACGCAUCACGCCGCCGCUGCUCGAGCUCUUCGCCCCCUCAGCUGACCACGUGGACCUGUCCUGCCCGCCGCUCGCUGCGCCUGCCGUCUCCCACACGCCAGCAGCGCUGCAGGGCCCCCACGCGCCCCCGCACUCUUCCCCCCACGCCACGCCCACGUCUCCCGUCCCUCCCCCAUUCUCGCCCUCCCUCUCCUCAUUCUCCUCGCUCCCACCUGCCUCCUAUUACGGCAUUCCAGACCCGUCGGCAGCACUUUCCCCGGCGCCUCCUCUCUACGCCAUGCCCCCCGGCCAAUCCAUAGACGCCACGUGGCUCGCCUACCUGGCAGAUUUCCGCUGCCUUCGCUCCCUCCGGCUUGACAACUGCCGCCACGCCACCGACUCUGCUCUCAGCAUGCUCUCAGGCCUGCACGCCUUGGAGCAUGUGAGUCUCACCAACUGCCCUCUCCUCACCGCCGCAUCGCUCACCGCCAUCCUGCCGCCCUGCCUGCCCGCCCUGCGCUCCUGCUGCCUCUCCGGCACCGCUGUUGGCAUGGGCGAGGGAGGCGGGGGAGGAGGCGGGGGCAGCGAGCAGUGGGGCGUGGCAGUGAAGGGUAGACGUCGAAGCAAGGGCAGCAAGACUAGUGGCAGUGUUGGUGGUGGUGGCAGCAUGGCAGCACCUGCUGCAUUCAACACACCAUCUCCUUCCUCCAACUCUCCACCCGGUGCUUCUAGCACACCAGAGAGCUCAGCAUGUGUGCCCGCAGCAGCCCCAUCAGUGAUCUCUCUGCUCGCCAUGGCCCCUCACCUCACUCACCUGGAGCUGGGCGGCAUGCACCACGCGCUGGAUGAUAACGCCUUUGAGAAACUCACGGUGAGUGGGAAUGUGCGUUGCGCUAAGCCAUGCUCCAUGCCCCAUGCGCCAUGCUCCCUCUCUCCCACACCCCUCAAGCAUGACAACUCACCUGCGGCACCUGGAGCUUGCUGGAAUGCACCAUGCACUGAGGAUGCGCGUGGCUUUUCGAAAUUCAUGCAUCAACUUAUGACCACCUCCCCCCUUACCCCACUGCCACUCCCAUCUAUCCCCCCUUCCAGUCGCUGGUGCAUCUGCGCCAUCGGUCAGUGUGGGGCAGCAGCAUCACCAACACCUCUGCGCCUCUCCUCCUCGCCUCUACUCUCACCGUCCUCUUUCCACCCCCCCCCAUCCCUCCCACUCUCAUCCCAGUCACUGGUCCACUUGCGCCAUCUGUCAGUGUGGGGCAGCAGCAUCACCAACGCCUCUGCCUCUCUCCUCCUCGCCUUCCCCCGUCUGCUCUCCGCCAACCUCGCCUGGACUGCCCUCUCCCACCUCCCCGCCCACCCCUCCCUCACCGCCCUCCACCUCUCCCACUGCCCCCUCGUUUCCAUCGGCUUCCCUCUCCCCUCCUCCUCAUCCUCAUCCUCUCCCUCCUCUCACUCCUCUCAGCCCUCUCCCUCCUCCCCGCUCACUCAUCUCGUUCUCUCUGGUGCCUCCAUCGCCCCUCCCUCCUCCCUCUUCCCUCCUCACCUCCUCGCCUCCCUCACUCACCUCGACCUCUCCCACUCACGCGGCGCCACGCUCCCUCCUCCUCCCCCCCACCACCCUCCCCCACACUCCACUCCUCCCCUACGCCCUCACACCCCGCCCUGCGGGCUGCAGUGGCUACAAGCAGCGCUCUCCCUCUCACAUCUGGACCUCUCCGCUGCUGCUGUAUCUGACGCCCUUCUGCUGCACCUUGCGCACUCCCUCCCCCACACGUUAAUGCCACAAGGCACUACCACUCAUGACGCACAAGGCAUUACCGCCACUGCCACCAGCAGCACCAGCAGCACCAGCAGCAGCAGCACCACCCCUCCUCCUCCUCGCCACGCCUUCCCCUGGCAGCACCUGUCACUCACCUCCUCCCCGGACCUCUCCUCCAGGGGGCUGGCCGCCCUGCUGCCACUCACCCCCCGCCUCACCUCGCUCUCCCUCGCCCACACUGCGGUGUCGAACGCAUGUUUGCCGCUACUCGCCUCCCUGCCACUCCUCUCCUCCCUCUGCCUCGACGCCUGCCCCAUCUCAGGAGGCACAUCAGAUGACAAUGUGGAGGAUGGCGAGGAGGUGGAGGACGAAGAGGAGUCUCUUCUGAGGCUCCAUCUUGCGCACCUGCACGCAGCAGCAGCACCAGCAGCAGCAGCAGCAGCAGCAGCAGCAGCAGCAGCAGCAGUUGGAGCAACAGGUGGUGGUGAUGCGUACACUGCUACCUCACAAGCGUUGGAGAGACAGUCAGCCAUGGCAGAGGGCGGGUUGGCCGUGCUGGCCUUGCUGCCACACCUCACCUCCCUCAGCCUGCAUGACACGCCCCUGUCCACACACGGCAUGCUGGGUCUGCGCCAUCUCACCCGCCUGCACCACCUCUCCCUCUCCUCCACGGCUUUCAGCCCUCGCCGCUUCCUCUCGCUCCUUGCCUUCUGUCCCUGCCACCACCUGCGCCUCUCCUCACCGCACAUCACCGCGCACCACCUCUCCUCCCUCCGCCUGCACCCCUCAGUCCGCCUCCUUGACGUCUCCCUCCUCCCCUCCCUCUCCGCCUCUCCCGCCACGGCUCUUGCCAAUCAGCUGGCUCCACGUGUCACUGUCCUUCAUGCUGAUGUGGAGAAGGAGCAGAGGGGCCAGCAAGGGGGCGGUCAGGUUGGGACCUUUCCAGCGAACCUGGGCAGAGAAGAUGAGAGGCGCAAAUUCACCCCAGCUGAGCUCAAGUCCUUGCAAGGUGCUGCCCAGGCACUGCAGCUGCCUGUGCCAUUGCCAUCGCACCUCACCCACAAGCAAGCGUGGUAG